AGACUAUCACAAGCAUCACGUUCAGCCAGAUAUAGGGAGAAAGAAGCUCUAGGAUAUUUAGCACAUCAGUCUUCUUUUAAUGAUCUCAGGCACCAUUAGAGGACACAACAUUAAGCGCUGAACUUUGAUGCAGAGAUGCUUUUCUGGAGCUGUUUACUGUCACUCUUUCUCUGGCUCAGAGUGUCACAGACUGCUGCAGAAUGGAGUGCUGAAAUGCCAGAAGCAGUGGUGGGUUUGUCUGGAUCAUGUGUGGUGAUUCCCUGUACUUUCAGCUACCCCGCAGAUGGAAAAACAUUCACAGAAUUUACAGGGAUUUGGUACAAAGGAUAUUAUGAAUUAACAGUAUACCAUACAGACGCCUCAGAAAUCAGUGGCGCAUUCCAAGGUCGCACUAGUCUCACUGGUGAUUUGAGUCAAAACGACUGUUCUUUAAAAAUCAGCUCUCUGAGCAGCAGUGACGCUGGAUCAUUCAUGUUCCGGAUUGAGAUUAAAGAUCUGGACAAGUACACCUAUGUCAAGAAUAUAACUUCUGUAACAGUUAACGAAACAACAGAGAUCCCUAUCUCUGUAGAAGAGGAAGUGACAUCAGUGAAACCAGUGACUGCCACCUGUGCCGUGUAUCAUUCCUGUCCCUCGAACCUGCCCCGUGUCACCUGGAACCACAACGGCACACACUCGAGUCGAUCACAGCCGCAAAUUCCAGGGCAGUUGAGGCUUACAUUUUACACCCUGACCUUCACCCCAUCUAGAGAAGACCAUAAUAAAGAUCUCAGCUGCUCUGUGGCGUUUAAAGGGAAGACUGUGACAAACUACACAACACUCAAUGUUAAAUAUCCUCCAUAUGAUGUAAAAGUGGUUUCUAAACCCUCAGUGAAGGAGAAUGACUCUGUUGAACUGACCUGCUCCAGUGACAGUAACCCUCUUCCAAACAGCUACCAGUGGUUCAGCUCAAAUGGGAUUUUGUUGGCAAACGAACAUACUCACAGACUGGAGAGAGUCUCCCGACAUGCUGAGGCCAUUUCCUGUACAGUCAUUAACACAGUGGGAAAAAACAGUUCUGGUCCACAGAAAAUUAAUGUGCUGUAUCCUCCAUAUAAUGUAAACGUGGUCACUAAACCUUCAGUGAAGGAGAAUGACUCUGUUGAACUGACCUGCUCUAGUAACAGCAACCCUCCUGCGAACAGCUACCAGUGGUUCAGCUCAAAUGGAGCAACGUUAGCAAAGAGCCCCUUUUACAAACUGGAGAGAGUAUCCCGACAUACUGAGGCCAUUUCCUGUACCGCCAUUAACACAGAGGGAAAAAACAGUUCUGGUUUACAAAAACUUAAUAUACUGUAUCCUCCUGAGAUUAAAAGUGAAUCUUCUUGCCAGACUAAGACUUUGACUGUCUGUGACUGCAUUGUGGACUCCAACCCCCCCAGUGAAGUCAAGUGGUUUGGUCCAGAUUCCUUGGAAACCUUCUCCAGCACCAGCAUUAAACAAACUGAGUCUUUUACCAUAUUCACCCUCCAGGGUUGGCUGGGUUUCCCUGAGACUGUCCAGUGCUUCGCCAAUAACACUCUGGGAAAUUCUUACAUAACUUUAGAAGCUCCUCAAAAUGGCAUUAUGAUACACAUUGCUGUUGCAUCUGUUGCAGUUGUUUUAGUCUGCAUUUUAGUGUAUGUUGUGAGAAAACGCUGGCAACGAUCUCGCUCUCUCGGUCACUCUCUCAUAAGCUACACAUCAUAGUUUGACUCAAAAAAGACCACAUCACUGCAGAUUGAUGGUACUCACUUUGGUCACCCACUACUACAAUGCCAGCGGUCAUGUCCUUGAUGAAUUCCUCUUCAGAACCUGUGUGCUUUGAUCAAAACAACGGGAAGUGUUAAAAUAUGUCUUACAGUAUUAACAGUUAUCGAACUCAAAUAAAUGUGCACUUAUAAAGUAAAUAAAUUCAUUUACAAUUU